ACUGCUGUUUUAUCUACUUUACUAUAUAUCGAAAUUAUAGAGUCUUGAAUGAAACACACGAUGGCUCUGGAACUUGUUGCUGGACCUUUACUGGGAGCUGUUUUCAAUGUGUUGCUUGAAAGGAUAGCUUCUUCUGAGGUUGUCAACUUCUUUAAAAGCAAAAACAGCGACAGGUUACUGAAAAGGUUGAAGAUAAUCUUGUUGUCGGUCAAUGCUGUGCUCAAUGAUGCAGAGGAAAAGCAAAUGAAAAAUGAAUCAGUGAAGGAGUGGCUUGAGGAACUCAAAGAUGUAGCCUUUGCAGCUGAUGAUCUACUUGAUGAGAUCUGCACUGAUGCAGAAAUCAAGGCAAAAGAGGUAAACACACUCCACUCCACUUCUAUGAAGUUUUAUGAUAAAGGGCUUGAGGAGAAAAUUGAAGAUGUUCAUGAGAAAUUAGAGUUUAUUAUAAAACAGAAAGAGGUACUUGAUCUAAAGUUGGGCAAGGAGGUCAAAGUGGCACACAAGACACCAACCUCAUCUGUGAUAGAAGCAAGUGAUGUGUAUGGAAGGGACGGUGAUAAAGAAGCCUUGGUUAACAUGGUUUUGUCACAUGAUGCUCAUGAUGAAAAAAUAGGUGUCAUCCCCAUUGUUGGAAUGGGUGGAAUUGGAAAAACAACCUUAGCCCAAUUGAUAUACAAUGACUAUAGAGUACAGAAGGAAUUUGAUCUCAAGGCCUGGAUUUAUGUAUCAGAAGAAUUUGACAUCUGCAAGAUUACAAAAAACCUUUUGGAGGUUGUCACAUCUUGUAGUUGCGAUAUUGAAGACUUAAACUCUCUCCAGAGGAAUCUCAAAAUGUACUUACAGAAGAAAAGAUUUUUGUUUGUGCUGGAUGACGUUUGGGAUGAAAAUUAUGAUAAUUGGGACAAAUUCAGGAGCCCAUUUAAACAUGAAGGGGCACUUGGAAGUAAGAUUAUAGUAACUACUCGAAGUGGGCAUGUUGCAUCCAUCAUGCAAACUGUUCCACCAUAUUAUCUCAGUGAAUUGUCCAAUGAAUAUUCUUGGAAUUUAUUUUCAAAACACGCAUUUGAUUAUGGUGAUUCUAGUGUGCAUCGAAGUCUAGAAAAAGUUGGAAGAGAAAUAGUUAGAAAGUGCAAGGGAUUACCUUUGGCUGUGAAGACACUAGCAGGACUUUUGAGGUCUAAAAGUGAUAAGCAAGAAUGGUACAAAGUAUUGAACAGUGAGAUAUGGGAUCUGCAAGAUCGUGAGAGUAAUAUUCUUCCAGCUUUGAGAUUGAGUUACCAUUAUCUCCCCUCUCAUUUGAAGAGAUGUUUUGCUUAUUGUGCAAUUUUUCCUAAAGACUAUGAAUUUGAAAAGGAGAACCUAAUUUUGUUGUGGAUGGCAGAGGGUUUUCUCCAACAGUCAAAAAGACACAGAAGAAUUGAAGAAGUUGGAAAUGAGUAUUUUUGUGAAUUAGUAUCAAGAUCUUUUUUCCAGCAACCACGGCGUGGAAAGCCAUGUUUUCUGAUGCAUCACCUUGUAAAUGACUUGGCUCAAUUUGUGUCAGGAACAUUUUCUGUCAGAAUAGAAGGUAACAAUUCUAACGAAGUUGAGGAAAGAACUCGCCAUCUGUCCCACAUUGUUGCAGAUAGUUCUUCAUGUUUGAAUCUCAAAGAUGUUAGCAAAGCAAAGCACCUAAGGACUAUUUUGCAAAUAAGACCAAUAGGUACAUCCAUUGACUUGUUCAACAACACGCCAAAUGAUCUGUUAACAAAGUUAACGUGCUUAAGGGUGUUAUCUUUAGUAGGUGCACAUAUCUAUAGUUUACCUGAUUCAAUAGAUGAACUAAAACAUCUGCGCUCUCUGGAAGUGUUUGACACACAGAUUGUGAGGUUACCUGAAUCCAUUUGCAGCUUGUUCAAUUUACAAACUCUGAAGUUAGUUGGGUGCUAUAAUCUUGUUGAGCUGCCAAAAGGUAUUCAUAAGCUUGUUAACUUGCGCUACUUGGAUAUUACAAAAACUUGUUUGAGGUGGAUGCCAUUGCAUAUGAGUGAGUUAAGAAGCCUCCAAAAGUUGAGUGACUUUUUUGUGGGAGAAUAUGGAUCUUCCAUUGGGGAAUUGGGAGAGCUAUCUAGUUUACAUGGAACAUUGUGCAUUCAUUACAUAGAACAUAUUGGUAAUUGUAAGGAUUCUGUAAAGGCAAAGUUGAAGGAAAAGCAUGGUCUUGAAAAGUUGUCUUUGGAGUGGGGUGGGAGUGGUGAUACUGAUAACUCCAAGCAUGAGAAAACCAUACUGGACAGCCUGCAACCACAUACUAAUUUGAAGGAGCUAGAUAUCUAUCACUAUCCAAGCACAGAAUUUCCAGAUUGGUUGGGGGAUCACUCCUUUUGCAACUUGGUGUCCUUACAGCUUAAGGGCAGUAAAUAUUGCUACAAAUUGCCUCCACUUGGACAACUUCCAUUGUUGAAAGAGCUUCACAUUAUUAAAUUUGAAGGACUAGUGAAUGUGGGGUCUGAGUUUCAUGGAAAUAGAAACUCUUCUGCAACUGAUAGCUUUCCUGCACUAGAAAUUCUAAGGAUUGAGUAUAUGUCAGCAUGGGAGAAAUGGUGUCAUUAUGCUGACAAUGCAGGCAGCAGAGCUUUCUGUCAUCUUAGAGAGCUUCAUAUUGAAAGCUGUCCCAAACUGAUAGGGGAUUUACCAGGUAACCUUCCAUCUUUGACAUUACUUCUAAUCAGAGAUUGCAAAGCUUUGCUUUGUUCAAUUCCUAAAGCUCCAGCUCUGCGUGUGUUGAACAUUCAGAAUUGUGAGAAUCUAGAAUUCCCAGUACAUGCACCUUGGUACCACCAAUCCUUGACUUCAUUAUUCUUACAUGGUAGCUGUGACUCACUCAUGCUCUUGCCUUUAGAUCUCUUCCCCAACCUCAAGUCUCUGGAUAUUUGGGGAUGUAAAAAUCUUGAAGCGCUUACUGUUUCAGCAUCAAAUGCAACUCCUCCAAAUUUCAAAUCCCUUCAUUCUAUAUGGAUAAGGCAUUGUCCAAAAUUCACAUCAUUUCCCAAGGGAGGAUUCGCAGCCCCAAAGCUCACAUUAUUAACCAUCAACUACUGUGAGAAAUUGAAUUCUCUGCCUGAACAAAUAACUAAUCUUAUGCCAAACUUGAAACAAGUUCAACUGCGGGGUUGUCCAAAAAUUGAGUCAUCAACUAUGAGGCCACUCAGGAUCCGGAUUUGCAAACUCUUGGAGGGGAAACAAAACCAUUCUGAUCCUCUCUUUGCAAGGUUGGAGGGUCUGGCCACUGUUCAUAGCCCGUCAUCAAGGUAGACGCCAACCAUGUCUCAGUGCAUUCGAUGGUAAAAUAACUUUCACCAGCUUCUCGAUGAAACAAAUUUAUAGGGAAGUGUAGCUUCAGCAUAGCCAUACAUCACGAUUAGAUGAUUAUUAAUGGAUUAGAUCAGGUAUGGCUUGUACGUUACAUGUAUAAUAUCAAUUUUUUUAACUUGUAGAACAUUAUAUAAGAUAAAAAGUUAUAUAUGAUAAGCUUUUAUUA